AUGGAUAUGGAGGUGUUGCAUAGCACUCCUACUGAGACGUUAGGUUCUCACUCCCUUUCUUUUCCCAUACUGUCUCCAGAGGAACAUGGCACAGCGGAUAGAGACGACGCAGUGUCCCCCGAAGGAAACCUAAGGCAAGCCAAAGAAGCCCACCAGUCAGAAGAUCGAAUCAAGGGUAAGUGCAUAAUUAAUGGAGCUCCUUUAACUAUCCUAUACGAUACUGGUGCUUCUCAUUCAUUUAUAUCUCUAUCUGCUACUAGUAGAAUCAGUUUAUGCAUGACCAAACUACCAUAUGCCCUACUAGUGACCACCCCAGCCGGUAAGAGUGUCGAAACUCAGCAGGUUUGUCAGAGGGUCUGCAUCCUCAUUUCAGAUAGAUCAUACCUUGCUGACCUAGUGUGCCUCCCUUUAGUAGGAUUAGACAUCAUCCUAGGAAUGGAUUGGCUCAACAAAAACCGAGUCUUGUUAGAUUGUUUUGAGAGAAAAGUCAUCUUCCCUUCUCAAUCCAUACAAGACACACGUGAUCUUCCAAGAUCCUCCGAAGACACACGUACAAGGCAAGGAUAUGCCUUGCUAAAUUCGGUAAAAGCAGAUUCCCAUCAGGAGUUCUGUGAGAUACCAGUAGUACAAGACUUUUUAGAUAUCUUUCCCGAAGAUAUACCCUCGUUUCCCCCAACACGAGAGGUUGAGUUCUCCAUAGAACUGAUGCCUGGGACAGGGUCAAUCUCCACAGCCCCUUACUGGAUGGCUCCAUUGGAACUCGCUGAACUGAAGAACCAACUAGAGGAGCUGCUGCAAAAAAGGAUUCAUCCGACCAAGUGCCUCUCCCUGGGGAGCUCCAGUAUUGCUCGUGAAGAAAAGGGACGGCAGCAUGCGUCUCUGCGUGGACUAUAG